UGGUAAUGUUUGGAGUUCUCUACGGACGUCCCAAAUUUUGGUUGGUCUUACCCUACACUCGACCCACGGCGGCGGCGCGUCUCCUCCGGCACACGGCCGACCGGUGGGAGUGGUGCGCUGCUAGAAGCAGCAGCGGCGCCUCCUCAGUAUGGCACACCAUUCUCCCGUCGUACUGGCGGACGACGGUAUCGUGGCGCCACGACAAUCACGGCGAAGGGUCGUGGAACGUGGCGUGGGACGCAAGGCCCGCACGGUGGCUCCAUCACGCCUGGCUGGCCGCAAAGAUUGAUGUGGAUCUUGACUCCAAUUCCGACGUUUUGGUGGCCGCAGAUGAUGAUUCUGUUUCCAAACCCAAUAACUACCGGGUGACAGGCGUCACCGCGGAUGGGAGAUGCUUGUUUCGAGCGAUUGCGCACAUGGAGUGUUUGAGGAAAGGCCAAGUAGCCCCGGAUGAAGUUCGUCAGAAACAAUUGGCUGAUGAAUUAAGAGCUAAUGUGGUUCAAGAGCUCUUAAAGAGGCGAAAAGAAUUAGAAUGGUUUAUUGAUGAAGAGCAGUGUUAUUAAAAAGCGGAGAUGGCGGCGCCGUGACGGAUGGCGGUGGCAGUUUCUAGGCUCAACGCCACCGCCACCAUGUGAUAUGGCAGUUUACUCCAUUUUUUGAAUGGCGGCCUCCAUUCGCGAAGCGCCGUAGCAGGAUAUGGCUUUCAUGGCGGUCGAGAUGCCUUUUUGCCUUGUAAAACGACCCCACUACCCGGCCCACGUGACAUGUAACAUAGCCCAUUGGCCAUUAUAAACAGUCUAUUUAUAGGGUUUAUGGGAGUUUCUGGCUUCAAAACCAUAACCGCUGCUGUCAAUCCAAGUUAUCGUCUCUCCAGUCUCCACACGCAUAGGGCUCCAGAUUCUAGAUUUUCAUUCACGAUUCAAGAUAAUUGAAAAUUUUUAUGUACUA